UUUUUCUUUUUCUUUUUUCUUUAGUUUAGUUUUUAGAGAGAGAAAGAAAGAGAGGACAGACAUUAAAUUGAGUGGCUUGGACAAUGCUGGAAGUUCGGUGCCUUUUUUACAUGGCUUAGACUUUAGAGAGAUUUCCAGCUUCUGUUAAGCUGUUUCUUGGCUCCGAGGUUGGCCAUUGAAUUUGAAGGGUACCCAGUUGAGUUUCGAGUCUUUCUUUCCCUUCUUGUUGCCAAAAUCUUGAGUAUCUGCACGGUUUAGAGGGGAAAGAAAGCACAAUUUUGAGGGAAAUUUUUGGAAUCCAAAAUGAGCGCGAUUUCGGGUGUAAUUUCAAGGCAAGUAAUGCCUGCAUGUGGCAGCCUUUGUUUCUUUUGCCCUGCGAUGAGGGCAAGGUCCAGACAACCUGUCAAGAGAUAUAAGAAGCUGAUUGCAGAUAUUUUUCCUCGAAACCAGGAGGAAGGACCAAAUGAUCGGAAGAUUGGAAAACUAUGUGAAUAUGCUGCUAAAAAUCCUCUCCGUAUCCCAAAGAUCACGAGCUCUCUUGAGCAAAGGUGUUACAAGGAACUGAGAAUCGAGAACUUUCAAUCUGCAAAAAUUGUGAUGUGCAUUUACAGGAAAUUGUUGAUCACUUGCAAGGAGCAAAUGCCUCUGUUUGCAAGUAGCUUACUGAGCAUCAUUAAUACUCUGUUGGAUCAAACACGGCAGGAUGACAUUCAAGUUAUAGGAUGCGAGACUCUGUUUGAUUUUGUAAAUAACCAGAAUGACGGAACUUUCAUGUUUAACUUAGAAGGAUUUAUUCCAAAACUCUGUCAGUUUACUCAAGAAGAGGGAAAGGAUGAAAGGGAAAAAAGUCUACGUGCAGCUGGGCUGCAAGCCCUUUCUUCUAUGAUUUGGUUUAUGGGUCAACACUCUCAUAUUUCAGUGGAGUUCGACAAUAUAGUUUCAGUUGUCUUGGAAAAUUAUGGAGGUCCUAAGAGGAUUUCAGAGAACCUCGAUACUGACAAACCAGGUCCUCAGAAUCGGUGGGUGCAAGAAGUGCUGAAAAAUGAGGGGCAUGCUACUCCUUUGCCAGAGGUCAUUGCAAGGGUUCCUUCUUGGAGGACAAUUGUGAAUGAAAGAGGCGAAGUAAAUAUGACAGCAGAAGAGGCCCGUAACCCCUGCUUUUGGUCCAGGGUUUGCUUGCAUAACAUGGCGAAGUUAGGGAAGGAGGCUACAACAAUUCGGCGUGUUCUCGAAUCUUUGUUCCGAUACUUCGAUAAUGGAAAUUUAUGGUCUCCUGAAAAUGGUCUUGCCUUACCAGUCUUAAAGGAUAUGCAGUUUUUAAUGGAUAAUUCUGGGCAAAAUACACAUGUUUUGCUGUCCAUAUUGAUUAAACAUCUCGAUCACAAAAAUGUCCUUAAAGAACCCAGCAUGCAGCUCGAUAUUGUUGAGGUUACCACUGCCCUUGCUGAACAUGCCAAGGUUGACCCUUCUCUGGCAAUAAUUGGUGCGGUAAGUGAUGUCAUGCGUCAUUUGCGGAAAAGCAUACACUGCUCACUUGAUGAUGCCAAUCUGGGAGCUGAAAUAAAAAACUGGAACAAAAACUUUAGAGAAGUGGUAGAUAAAUGCCUUACUGAGUUAGCAUAUAAGGUUGGAGAUGCAGGCCCGAUCCUUGACAUUAUGGCUGUGAUGUUGGAAAACAUCUCGAAUGUUACUGUUAUAGCCAGAACUACGAUUUCCACUGUUUAUCGUACAGCUCAAAUUGUUGCCUCAUUACCAAAUUUGUCAUAUCAAAACAAGUCAUUCCCUGAAACUUUAUUUCAUCAGUUACUUCCAGCUAUGGUCCAUCCUGACCAUGAAACACGAGUUGGAGCUCACCGCAUCUUUUCUGUUGUUCUUGUGCCAUCUUCAGUUUCGCCUCGUCCAUCCUCAACUAAUCCUGGGUCAAAUAAAGGCUCUGAUCUUUCACGGACUCUAUCAAGAACUGUCUCUGUCUUUUCUUCUUCAGCUGCUCUUUUUGACAAGCUAAGAAGGGAUAAAACUUCCACCAGGGAAAAUGUCUGUCAAGACAACAAAAAUAAUGUCCUUGAAGGUGAACAAAUCAAUAAUGGGAUCCUUGCUAGAUUGAAGUCAUCUACAAGUCGAGUACACAGCAUGAAAAAUCCUAAUGUACCCUCAACAUCAGAUGAGAAUCCCGUGAACAUCUUAAAUAAGGAAACUGAGGCUGGUUCUCUAAGGUUGAGUAGCCGCCAGAUCUCUCUCUUGCUUUCAUCGAUUUGGACACAGUCCAUUUCUCCUGCAAAUACACCCCAAAACUAUGAAGCAAUUGCUCAUACAUAUAGCCUGGUAUUGCUAUUCUCUCGAACCAAGAAUUCUAGUGAUGAGGCUUUGAUUAGAAGUUUUCAGCUUGCAUUUUCCUUGAGAAACAUUGCUCUUAAGCAAGAAGAGUCACUCUCACCAUCACGCCGCAGGUCCCUCUUUACUCUGGCAACUUCGAUGAUUCUUUUUUCAUCAAAAGCUUUCAAUAUUAUUCCGCUUAUUUAUUGUACCAAGGUGGUGCUUACAGAAAAAAUGGUUGAUCCAUUUUUGCGCUUAGUUGAAGACCGCAAGUUAGAGGCUGUGACUACAGAUUCUGGCCACCCCGCAAUUGUUUAUGGAUCUAAGGACGAUGAUAGUUCAGCUUUAAAAUCCCUUUCAGAGAUAGAUGUUACUGGGAACCAAAGCAGGGAAUUCUUUGCUGCUGAGAUUGCUAAGAGCUUGGCAAAUUUGGCAAAUUCUGAAUUAUCUGCUAAACAGGAGAAGCUCCUCGACGAAUUCUUACCUGAUGAUGUGUGUCCUUUGGGAGCCCAGUUGUUUAUGGAUACUCCAAAUCAAAUAGAUCAAGUUAAUUCCAAAGAUAACUCUCUUGUAGAGGGCACUCCACUUUUUACAGUAGAUGAUGUUUUUCUAGAUUCAAUGGAAGGUCAAACCACUCAGACCACAGAAAUUUUCUUCCAAGCCACCAACCUGUUGAGCGUCAAUCAACUUCUAGAAUCAGUCUUAGAGACGACACACCAAGUUGGACGAUUGUCUGUAACUGCACCUGAUGUGUCUUAUAAGGAAAUGGCUCACCAUUGCGAAACACUUCAGAUGGGAAAGCAACAGAAGAUGUCUCAUGUGAUGAGUGUCCAAUUGAGACAGGAGAGUUUGAUGAAUGUCCCCUUUCAGAAAUAUGAUGACAAGGCGAGGAAGGCUACCAAUCCUUUCCUUGACCAAAAUCUUAUUGCAAGCCCACAAAUACCGCCAAUUGGCACUGUUCAAAUGCAGUGCGCGACAGAGUAUCAACAUCAGCCUAACUUCUUCAGGCUACCAGCAUCAAGCCCCUUUGAUAACUUCCUAAAAGCUGCUGGCUGUUGAUCGUAAAGAAGUAAGAGAAGCACAUUCUUCUGGUUAGUCAAGAAUCAAUUGAUCAAUCAGCUCAAAGCUCAAAGGCCAUACAGCUACAAGAAUUUAUUGGUUGAUGUUGGUCACAACGUAUAUAUCUCAUAUUCUGUCAGUGUUACAAGAAGUCAGUGAUGUGAACAAGAUUGGUUGAUGUUGGUUACUUUCGUCACAUUCAAUUCUUUCAUUCUUUACCUUUCUUGUUUCUAUUAUCUCAAUAUUUUUGGCAGUGACUGCAAGAGGAAGGUGCCUUACCAUUUGCUUCUUGCCCAGUGGUCCUGCAAUAGUGCUUGGAUUCCGCUUGGAGUUUUAAAGAAUGUAAUAUGUUUUAAAUGUCCAUCGUUGAAUGAUGAUGAAUGUGUGUGUAAAUUCUCUGCUUGAUCAUGUGUACUAUUUUGCGAUAUCAAGCCUAUUUAAUGAAAUCAACUUCACUUGUUCUUCCUCCA